AUGACUGUUUAGUAGCUGAGUGUUUUGAUCAGACAUGCCUCAGGGGAAGAAGCUCAGUAUCUUAGUUACCCUGCUUGUAACUAGCUGUGUUUUCAAAACAACUGCUGGUUUGAAGGAUGUAUUGUUUAUUGCUGUGGAUGAUUUGAGACCCGACCUCGGUACUUAUGGAAUUGAUGUUGUGAAGUCUCCAAACAUUGACAAGCUAGCUUCCGAGUCACUUGUGUUUGAUAGAGCGUACUGUCAGGUAGCAAUGUGUUCGCCAUCUCGAGCUUCUCUGCUAACUGGAAGACGUCCAGACACUAAUCAUGUUUGGAAGAUAGCUGGUGACGAAUAUUGGAGGACAACUACGAAUGCUACAACUAUUCCUCAGUACUUCAAGGAGAAUGGGUAUGUGAGUGCUGGAAUAGGAAAGAUAUUUCACCCUGGUUCCCCAAGUGGAAAUGAUGAUAUACAAUACUCAUGGAGUGUGCCUUACUUUCAUGCCCCUGCAGACACUACAGGUAAUAACCCAUCUUGGCAUUCCUUUGACAAUAACGCUACCAACUUACAAGACGGCAAACUUGUCGACUAUACUAUCACCACCAUGAAAGAAAUCAAGGAAAACAGGACCAAAGGGGACAACAGGCCAUUCUUUCUUGCACUCGGUAUUCAUAAACCCCAUCUUCCAUUUUUCUGUGCUGAAAAGUAUUUUGAUAUGUACCCACCAGCUGAGCAGAUAGAGCCUCCAAAGAAUACUGAUGUUCCAAAAAACUUUCCACCAAUCGCAAGAGGACUUUGUGCAAUUAAUAGGUUCAAUGACACAAAAGAAUUCUUUCCACAUUUCAAUAAAUGUAAAACUGAUGUUCAGGAAUCAUUUCACGGAAAAGACUGUCAAAUUCCUCUUAACUACACUCGUGUGUUGAGAAGAGCCUACUACUCUUGUGUGAGUCAGACAGAUGCACUGAUUGGAGAGGUUAUUAAUGAAAUGACAUCACUCGGAUUAGCUGAUGACACGAUUAUUGUCUUAUGGGGUGAUCACGGUUGGCAACUGGGCGAACACAAUCAUUGGUGUAAAAUGAGUAACUUCGAAGAUGCUACACGAGUACCCUUCAUGCUGAGGGUUCCUGGGGUCACGGACAAAGGCAUGCGUACUAGCGCUCUGGUUGAACUCAUUGACAUAUUCCCGACAAUCACUGAGCUAGCUGGUAUUAAGGUACCUCCAAUGUGUCCUGUUGGAAACAAGCAACCUCUGGUGUGUGUGGAGGGGACUAGUCUAACCCCUCUGCUCCAGAACCCCAACAUGGACUUCAAGAAAGCAGCCUUCUCACAAUUCCCACGACCAUAUUAUGGGAUGAGUGUGAUACCAGAUGAACCUGUUUUUGACUCUGAGAGUGAAGAGAAUGUGAUGGGUUACUCCAUUCGAGUGGAUCAGUAUCGUUUCACAGAAUGGUAUCGUUUCAAUCACAUAACAGCAACUCCAAAUUUUACAGAUAUUUGGGGGACUGAACUUUAUAACCACACGGAGCCGACAAUGUCCUUCAACGAUGAGAACGAGAACAUGGCCGGUGAUUCAGACAAGCAAGACUUGGUCGAGUCUCUCCGAAAAAUACUACAAGCUGGUUGGAGGGCAGCUAUGCCUUGACCAUGCAACGGAACGUGUGUACUGUACUUAUGUAUUAGUAGUGUUUUAUGUUUGUGUUUGUGUAUAUAUAGGAGUUUGGAGUAUACAUUGUAGAAAUGUAGCUUUUCAAUGUAGUAAACUUCGGUUUCCAAGCGACUGCAUGCGAUGGUUUCGAAUCGAAGAUGGUGUUAUUUAAACUAUUGGGUUGGUCCAACAAUUAUGUGUCUAAUGCAAUAUAUAUCUGUGGUAAACUAGCAUUACUUAGAAUAGAGUAGUAGAUUACAUCAUUUUGUAUACGGAAUAGUUAUUCUUAUUUUAGCUACCUGUUUUACUUGCUUAUCCUGUUUUCUAUGUUAUAACCUGUUUUUGUACCACGUGGAGUUCAGUUGAAUGA